GACAAUGUUCACUUGUCAUAGCGGCAGGUAACAUAAACUCACAAGAGAGAAAGGCAAAAGAGGUUUCUUGACCUACACCCCGGAACCCCUCCACCCCCUAGGCCAGUGAGCACCCGGCAGGGAUUCCCCGGGGCAGGGUCCAAGCAGCAGGCUGCGGAGGAGGGCCUCGACCUCCCCUUGUGCCGAAGCGGCCCCGCUGGGCUUCCUUGACCCCUGAAGCCCUGUGCACCCUGGGCUGGGAACACUGGGCUGGGCCUGCCAUGCCUCCAGGCGGCAAUGCGAUCCUGGGCAGGUCACCUUCCUUGGGCCCCGAUAACUACACCCGCCAGCUGUGACACCUCCGGACUGGACAGGGCCAUGGGCUGGUGCGAGGGAGGCGGGAGGACUCCGGCCAAGCGGGGCGCGGGGUUCCCGGGGAGGUCGCAGACACCCUCUGCGGGGCACUAGGAGCUUUAUCCUGGGAUUGCCAGGCGGUGGGGUCGGGGUCGAAGCCUGGGUCCCAGGCUGGCGCCAACAGGCGAGUCCGGCUCGGGGGGGAGGCUCCCCUGCUCCUGCUCCUUGGGGUUCUCCUCUCCGAACCUGCAGUGUGGACACUGCUGAGGAGCCCACUCACCCAGGGCCAGUCCACUGGCAGUGAAGAGUCUGGACACCAUCCACAAGGCGGGAACGGGGGUGUGGGGGGCGCAUUUCCCGCCCCAGCCGAGCCCCGAGUCUCCGGCCGCACUGCGGCCCUCCCGCCGGAAGAGGGCGCCGGAAGCCGCCCUCCCCGAGGCACCCGCCCCGGAAGCGCCUCCCCGUUCACCCGGACCGGCGCCGCCCCACGGGGCACGGGCACUUGGUUCCGGGGGGCCCGCGGGGGAGUCGCCACGGCCCUGGCACCGCUCGGGCCGCGUCUCGGUUGUAUCUUCACUUAACUGAUGGUGUCUUCAAAGCACAAAAAUUUUAAAGUUUUAUUGUCUUAUUUAGUUUUUUCUUUUGUUGCUCAUGCUUUUGGUGUCAUAGCAAAUAAUCCUUUUCCAAACCCCAGAUGAUAAAGAUUUAUCCCAUCCUUUCUUCUAAGAGUUGUAUAGUUUUAGCCUUACCUUUAGGUCUUUGAUCCAUUUUGAGUUGAUAUCUCUAUAUGGUGUGAAGUAUGGUUCCAAUUUUGUUCUUUUGCAUGAGACUAUGCUGUUGUCCCAGCACCAUUUGUUGAAUAGACUGUUAUUUCCUCAAUGAAUUGUUUUGGAUUCCUGUCAAACACAGUUUGCAUAGAUGUGUGAGUUUGUAUUUGAUAUUCAAUUUUAUUCAUUUUUUCUUACUCAUUAGGUUCUCAUAUUUCAGUUGUUUUAAGGUUUUUUUUGUUUUGUUUUAAUCUGUCAUUUCUUAAACUUUCCAGUUCACUGUCAACAUUUUAGGUUUAUCUAUUAUGUCCUUAUCAAUCUCUGUCUAGUGAAUCUAAUAUCUAGAGCUCCUGAAGACCUUAUUCUUGUGCUUCUCCUUACUGUCUUGUUUCCUUAUUUUCCUGAUCUGUUCUUAUUGCAACUCAAAAUGGUUCAAAGUCCCAAAAGUAAGACUAAAGCUAGAACUAGAAACUAGAGCCACCAGGAAGCAGGCAUUCUGCAUUCUUUGCCAUGCAGGAGCAAGCUUGUCAUUGCUCAGCCCUUCGUGGUCUGUGUGGAUGUACCUACUUAGUGCUUUGGUCCAGUGUGAGGCACCUUUUUGUUACACUCACCAGAACCACGUAGCCUAACAUCUCUAUCAGUAAAAAAUCUGAUAUCUGAUACCUAUUCACCUGUCAUUUGUCUCCCUUUUAUUCAGUUUUGCAGUGGGUUUAAAUCAGAGAUGUUAUUAACUGGGUCCUCUCCAAUCCCAGUGGCAAUAAUGGGCUAAGCACUGGACCAGGUUUUACAGACAUAAAUGGACAGUUGAACAAAAAAAAAUAUGCUUGCUUCCUUUCCGCUUACAUUCUAGCAAUACCUAAAAAAGCAAAAACCAGCCAUGGUGUAAAACAAAAUAGCUUUAAUAUGAAAAAAAUAUUAACUCAAACCAUAAAUCAUAAGCCUUCCUGCUCAUAUUGGAUUAUCUAUCAAAACCCAAUCUUUCUUCAUGUUCAACAUCUCAUAUAUCAAAAGAAAUUCACAAGUUGAAGACAGAAUGGAUCCCACAAUUAUCCAAGAAACCUAUAUAUGGAAACACCACAUCCUUAAAGAGAAACAGAUUAUAGGACUGAUGACACUAUCAACUGCAUAAAAGGAGAGUCCUCCAUGAAAAUGGUCCUUUUCCUAGAGUGAGAAAGAAGCUCUAAGCACUGGAAUGUGAAAGCAUCAUUGCUUUUUUCACCUAGAGUGAAAACCCAGAGGAAGACAGUUAUCAGCUGAGCUGUUGACUAUGGAACAACUGGAGUUAGUGAACUUGAAAGAUGUAGUUGUAGACUUCACCCAGGAAGAGUGGGCCCUGCUGGACACAUCCCAGAGAAAGCUGUUCAGAGACGUGAUGCUGGAGAACAUCAGGCAUCUGGUCUCAGUGGGCAAGGAAAGUGGACUUAGAAAACAGGAAAUGCUAUUCAUGCAACAUAUCUGCAGGAAACACACAUCUACCAUUUUGUCAUUGAAGCAGAAAUCUCAUACUGAAAAGAAUAACAUUACAUGUAGUGAAUUGCCAGAAGAUUUAACUCACAGAUCCAGAGUGACUCAACAUGUAUUAACUCUCAAGAGAAAGAAACCCUACUUCAGCAAUCUAUUUGGACAAACCCUCAGUGAUCAGUCACCUUUCAGUCAACAAACACAAAUUUGCAAAAGAAGUAAAUCAUAUGACUGUCAUCAAAUUGGUAAAUUGUUUGUUCAAAGUUCUGGUCUUACAUAUUACAAUGGAACUCACAUCAGAGAGAAACGAUAUGAAUGCUAUCUAUGUGGGAAAGCCUUCAGUCAGAGUUCUGCUCUGAGACAACAUGAGAGAACCCACACUGGAGAGAAACCUUAUGAAUGCCAUCUGUGUGGGAAAGCCUUCACUCAAUGUUCAGCCCUAAGACAGCAUGAGAGAACCCACACUGGAGAGAAACCUUACGAAUGCCAUCUGUGUGGGAAAGCCUUCACUUACUCUUCAGCUCUGAGACAACAUGAGAGAACUCACACUGGAGAGAAACCAUAUGAAUGUCAUCUAUGUGGGAAAGCCUUCACCCAUAAUUCUAGCCUUAGACGACAUGAGAGGACUCACACUGGAGAGAAACCUUAUGAAUGCCAUCUAUGUGGGAAAGCCUUCAACCAUAAUUCUACUCUUAGACAACAUGAAAGGAUUCACACUGGAGAGAAACACUAUGAUUGUCAUCUAUGUGGGAAAGCGUUCACCUAUUAUUCUAGCCUUAGAGGACAUGAGAGAACUCACACUGGAGAGAAACCUUAUGAAUGUCAUCUAUGUGGGAAAGCCUUCACUAAUUGUUCUGCCUUGAGACAGCAUGAGAGAACUCACACUGGAGAGAAACCGUAUGAAUGUCACCUAUGUGGGAAAGCCUUCACCCAUCAUUCUAGCCUUAUAGGACAUGAGAGGAAUCACACUGGUGAAAAACCUUAUGAAUGUCAUCUAUGUGGGAAAGCCUUCACUCAGUGUUCUGCCCUGAGAAAACAUGAGAGAAUUCACACGGGAGAGAAACCUUAUGAAUGCCACCUAUGUGGGAAAGCCUUCACCCAUAAUUCUAGCUUUAGACGACAUAGUAGGACUCACACUGGAGAGAAGCCCUAUGAAUGUCAUCUAUGUGGGAAAGUCUUCACUCAGCGUUUUACACUGAGACAACAUGAGAAAACUCAUGCUAGAGAGAUACUGUAAGAAUAUUGUCUAUGUGGGAAACCUUAGUUUAUUUUUGUAACCUAAGAACAACAUGAGAGAACUCAAACUGGAGAGAAACCCUGUGAGUACUAUAUAUAUGAAAGGCUUUGGUCAAUAUUCUGACCUUAGAUUACAUGAGAGAACUUAUGCUAUCAAUGUUUUGAAUUUGGAAGAGAUUUAAGCCCUUUAUUUAACAUUUAAACCUACUAGAGUACUCACAUAUUGAAGAAGACUGUUUGUAAUCAACCUGGUAGAGCCUUUAGUCAUCCUGACUACUUUAUCAAUUUAAGCCAAUUAAUACAGGAGAGAACCUAUAUAAAUGUCAGCUGUGUAGCAAAGCAUUGGAUAGACAAUGUGAUGAUAUACAUGAGAGAACUCAUAAAUAUAAUGAAAUUGAAUCUUCAACUAAUAGAGCAAGAAGUUUUUAACAGAGGAUGAAGCCCCUUGGGGGAGUGCCAGAUCAUACAUGCUGGAGGUUUUAUUCAUGAAAAAUCACACAAAAUCAUUUAUUCAUACAGCAACACUUAUAGGGCAAGUAAGAAUUCACAUUAUAUAAAACUGUUAUGGGUGUCAUGAAGGCAUGUCUAGAGUGAUAAUUCAUUCCUUGGCAUUAAUAUUCUUAUGCUGAAGAAACAGCAAUCUGAUAGUCAAUUUAGGAACAUCUUCAGCUAGAUUUCACAUCAGGAAAUUCAUAGUGGAAAAUGAAAUACUUUAUAUGGACCCUUUAGCACACAAUUCUGCAAAGAGUCAAGAAUUUUGAACAAGACUUACUAUUGAAAUUAUGUAGGAUAAUGUAGAAUUAUGAAGUGACAUGGGUAUACUAAAUGAUGAAUUUUUAAAAAGUAUUGUGAAGAUUAAAUGGGAUCAGUACUUGCAUAUAUGUAAGCCACAAAUAUUUUUGCUGAAAAUCUAAUAUGUUAGCCACAUUGUAGUUUUGUUUUCAUGUUCUUGUAAAUACAAAGAUUUGAAUCAAUCAGAAAAUAACUUUGUUAACACAGCUAUUAGAACACAAAAUUAUGUUUCUUAACUAUUAGUAUUAAAUAUGUUCAUGGCAAGGAUGCAAACAAACAUGCAUAAACACACUUUAGAAGUGGAUUUUUAUGAUUUUUUUAAAAUGCCAUUUAAUAUUGCCAUCAAAAUUCAGGAUGGAAUUUAAAACAAAACUACUUAAGUGUAUUAAAAUGCAUCAGUCAUGGAGAAUUGGGGGUUCAUUGGGUAGAGAAUUCCCCAGAAUCCAGAAUCUGUCAGUGUGUCUUUCUGUAGGUUAGUAUUUUAUUGCAGAAAGACUUUUGCCAACAAGAACACAUAUCAUACCCAACAAGGGCAUGAAUGUACAUUGAAGGUGUAGGGAUUGUCCAGCUUUCAGAAUGUCCAAUUUUCAAGAGGAAGGCACCUGCAUCACUUCCAAUUUAGAAUCAGGGGACCUUUCUGGUAGUACUGCAGCCCAGACUACAAACCAGCCCUGGGUAGUGCAUUCCACUGGGAAUAUAGAAGGAGAAGUUGGAUAUAUUGAGAUUUGGAUUUUGCAUUUGUAGCCUAAACAGGGAACUUCUUGGUCCUCCAUUUUAUCUAAGCUCAGUAUUUCCCAACCUGCAUUCCAGUGCCUUGUUUUCUUUACACUGCAGUGUUCAGUGUCCAAAUACCUUCAUAUGGGGUCACCACCCGAUAAGUUCUUCCUGAUGACUUUUAUGUAGUUGUUGAGUUGUUCAUUCCAGUGUCUUCUCACCCCAUCACUGCAAUGUGGGAGUGUGCCUUUUUCUGGGUCACUUUUGCUACAAAUGAGGAACCCAGAUCUGAUUGGAGUCCAGUUGGAUAUCUGAACAGUUUGCAGAGGUGUUUCUCCACAGCUACAACAGUGGUUCCAUCUGCCACAUUAUGCAUGAAAAUUGCUGUCCCAUAUCCAGAAUGUCUUUGUGAUGCUUUUUGUCUUAUGUCAAAACUCUUCGUUUUUGAGUUCUGCAGUUUCCUCCAGGAACCAAGCCAUACCACCAGUUGGAAUGACUUUUGUCAUCCAUUUUGUUAAUUUGCAGAGGCCUGGGAUUUUUGCCACCUAGGCACCUGUGUCUAAGAGAUCCGUGAAGGUUUGUGUGCCCCUUUCUCCAUCUACCACCAAGGGGACACAGGGCUUCUUAUCCCUGGUGGGGACUCAGAGUCCUUGGCUCCAUCCCUAGCAUUCUUUGCAAAGUAAGUAAAAUCAGGAUACAGGCAGUGGAGGAGCAUCCUUCCUAUCCAAGUCAUCAUGCUCACAGUCAGACUUGUCUUCUUUACUGUCCGUGCCCAGGUGGAAGUAUGUGUUAGAACCCAUGUUGCCCUCUUUCCUGGGCUGCGUCUAGGACUCACUGGACACUCUUCAGACUUCUUAACCCUUGCAGGUCUGUGAACCCUCUUCCCCCUGUUCUUUUAUGGCUUUUAAUACAGCCUUAAUCUCUUACCUAGAGGGACCACCUGCCUCAUAACAUUGGCAGUUUUUCUUUAAGGAUCCCAUCCAUUUUUGCUUUGUCCAUCCCAUGUUUUGGUAAUGAAAUAGAUGUUGCCCUAUGGGUGGGCUGGCCCUGCCCCCUCCUUUGUCAUUCCUUGGUAGUUCUUUGUGUCCCCUUUAUGGCCCUUCUGGCACAUUGUAUUCGUUAGGGUUCUCUAAGGAAACAGAAUCAACAAGAGAUAUUUAUAAAUAUAAGAUUUUAUAAAAAUGUCUCACAUAACUGGGCAUGCAAGAGUCCAUAUUCCAUAGGGCAGGCAGCAAACUGGCAACUCCAAUGAAGAUGUUUGAUGAACUACUCAGGCAGUGUACUGGCAACUUCAAUGAAUGUGUUCAAUGAACUCCUCAGGGAACGAACAGACAACUU